UAUUAGAAAUACCCAACAUACAAUUAUAAAAAGUCUUUAAAGUUUUUGAAUUUUUUGAAAUGCCAGAGCAAGAUACAGUUGGAAAACAAAGGAAGAGGCUAAAAAGUCUCCUAAAACAAACUCGCAAUCAGCUAGAGUUUUACUUCAGUGAUGCAAACUUAAGACAUGAUCGAUUUCUUCGAAAAGAAAUAACCGAUAAUGAUGGCUAUGUAGAUUUGAAAACUAUGCUAAAGUUUAACAAGCUUAAAACUCUCACUUCUGAUUUGUCAGUAUUAGUUAAAGCUGUUGAAAUCUCUGACAGCCUACAGUUAAAUAAUGAUAAAACAAAGUUAAAAAGAAAAUUACCUCUCCCUGUAAUAGAAAAUGUUGAUCAAAAAACAGUUUAUGUGGAACAAUUUCCUAACGACAUUGAUCAUGACUGGUUGAAAGAAAUUUUUUCAAAAUGUGGAACAGUUGAAUACAUAAGUUUACCAAGACAUAAACACAAUAACAAAGUGAAAGGAUUUGCUUUUAUUGAAUUUUCAACUCAACAAGAAGCUGAAAAGGCUUGUCAGAUGCUCAAUAAAGCUGAUAAAAAGAUGAAAUGGAAUAAAAAAAUUGAAAAUGAGAAUGAUGAGAAAGCAAAGAAAAAUAUUAAAAGAAAAAUUAGCGAUAAGAAAGUUGAAGAUUCAAAAAGCUCUGGCAACAGAAAAAAAAAUAGUGUAAGUGAAUGCUCAGAUUAUAAAACAGAUGAAGAAUGUAAAGAAAAUAUUAUAUCAAUAAAUAAAAAUAAAUCAAACUCUAUUAAAAAUGAUAGAAAGAGGUACAGUGAAAGUGAAAAAUAUGACAUUUUAAAUGAAAACCAAGAAAAUAAAGUAAAAGAAAGACGAAAAAAAGCUGCUUCAGAUGACGAGCAAAAUGAAAGUAUUGUAAAAGCAAAAAAAAAAAAACUUGCUUUAGAUGAUGAAAAAGAAAAGGAUAUAAUCAAAGCAAAAAAAAUUAAAGUUGCUUCAGAUGAUGAAAAAGAAAAGGAUAUAAUCAAAGCAAAAAAAAUAAAAGCUGCUUCAGAUGACGAAAAAGAAAAGGAUAUAAUCAAAGCAAAAAAAAUAAAAGUUGCUUCAGAUGAUGAAAAAGAAAAGGAUAAAAUCAAAAUCAAAAAAAAAAUACUUGCUUCAGAUGAUGAAAAAGAAGUAAAGGCAAAAAAAAGCAAGAUUGCUUCAGAUGAUAGUGUAGAAAAAUAUAGAAAAAACAAUGUUUCCUCAACUGACUACAAGAGCAUAAAAAAAGAAAAAGCAAAAAUAAAUGAAAAUGAUAAUGAUAUUAGUGACACAGAGAAAAAGUACAAAGUUUCAUCAGAUGAAGCUAAAACAUUUGAAGUAGAAACUUCAAAUGAAAAUUCUAUUCAUAACUCUAAAAAAACUAAAGAUUCAAAAUCAAAUAGGAAAAAUAAAAGUGAUUCUUCUGAAAUUCUUUGUUCAAGAGACCUUCAAGUAAACAAAAAACAUGAUAGUGUCCAAGAAUAUGAAACACAGGUCAGUAUAAAAGAUGAUGAAAACAUUAAAGCCAAAAAACAUAGGAAACAUAAGCGUAAAGAAAAAGAUGUUAAUUCCAAACCUCUUCCAUUAUAUGUCAUAUCAAAAACGAAGUGGUUAUCUUUGAAGCACGAAUAUAAAGCUCUCCAAAAGCAAAACUGCAGCCAGAUUAAAAAAAAUCUCAAGUUGCUUGCUAGUGAAAAAGUAAGACAAGUAGAACUUAUGGAAAGAAUCCGUGAAACUAUUGAGGCAAAAAGAAGUGCUGAGUUGACCAAUGAGUUAGUUCAAGAAAACAAAGAAUCUGCUCAGAAAAGUUGCGAAGAAAUUAAAAAACCUAAAAUUGAAGUCGUUUUAGGAACAGUUCUUAUGAUGAAAACAGAUUCAAAAACUUUGACUAGAAAAGAAAUUAAGGAUAGUUUGCUUGAUCAUGGUGUUGCAUACGUUGACUAUAUUGAUGGAAGUUUGCAAGGUUAUAUUCGAUUCAAAACAAAGGAACAUGUAGAUAAAAUAAUGAAAAACAAACAACUUGAGAAAUUUUCACUUUCAAGACUAGAAGAAUGUGCUGAAAAAGCUUACUUUAUAAAAGCAGAAGAGGACAAGAUUAAAAAUUACCAACAGAAUGAAAGAAAAAAGAACAAAAAGAAAGAGCGUGGCUAUGACAGGUUGACGAAAAGAAUCGAUGCAUGUUCUUAGAAACGAUAUCAAAAUUAGCAUGUUGGUGUUCCAGCCAGUAUCCUUUCUUAUCUUGGAAGAAGAGUGGAAAAUGAUCGUUAAGAUUAUGAAGUAUCUCAUCAUAACCUUUAUAAGAGUCGAAGUUAAAAAUUUAACUGAUUGUUAAUUUAAAGAAAACAUUUUUUUUAAUAAAAAGUGCGUAAUUUCAAACGCAAUAUACAAUAUAAGAAACAAGUGAGACAAUUUUAUUAAGCUUAUUUUCUUAUCAAAUAAUUUUCUUUUUGCAA